AUGAACGUACAACAUACAAUCGUCUCCGCACGACUCCUACCAGUCGCUUAUCUUCUAUCUUUAAUAGCAAUUACCUCCGCAUUAAGUACUGUUACAGGAUCGAGUACGAAACGCGAUGAUUGGUUGAGUAUACACAAUCAACAGAUAUAUUCCGAACUCACAGGAACAAUACGUGAAUUGACAUCGAAUGAUAAUACCGAUGAUACAGAUACACGUUUUCAACCACCAUUGAAUACGAAAAAUCAAAAUAUACAACCGAUUGAGGAAGGGUACCGUCUAGCAGGCACAGAGAUUCUUGCACACCGAUUGCCAAUAUCGACUAAGAAAGAGAAAUCUCAUGAGCUUCGUAAACGUGAUGUACUCUCGGAUAAUUCAUCGAUGCCAACUGGUCCAUUACAAUCGAAAUUAUCGAAUGAAGAAAAUGAUGAUGGAUCGUUACUCUCCGAUGCCAAUGUUAAUGCCUGGGCGCUUAGUUUAUCGUUAGUGUCAUCAGCGUUUGAUGGUAGUGGUAGUGAAUUUGAAACAACAUCCGAAACAGCCAUAACAGACGUAACAUCUGCCAGCACGCUCGUCCAAUUAACGACACUUAGUCCUACUGAGCAGUCAACUGAUUUUACUCUAACAAGUAAUGCAUCAGAAGCCAUUUCCACAACAAUACCAACGGUCACCACAGCAGUCAGUGGUACUGUAUCGGCUACAGAGACGACAACCGCAACGGAUUCAUCAGAAUCUAUUACAAGUAGUCAAGCAGAUACCAGUGAAACAUCUUCAACUAUACAAACUAGUGUUGAACAAUCAACAUCAGAAACAAUCGCUGAAUCAUCAACUUUGAGCUCUACUACAGUAGGAUCUGUUACAGAAAAUAGUUCUUUGCAAAUAAGUACUGAAUCGUCAACAGAAGUCACAGCUACUGAAUCUGAAACAGAAGCUAGUAUCAUUUCGACCGUGACGAUUCCAACAACGAGUUCCAUAUCCGUAUCGAGCGAAUCAACGUCUGAAACCACCAGUUCUACUGAACCAACAAUGUCGACGAGUUACGUUGAAACAUCAACACAGAGUUUACAACAACAAACAACAAUAUUCUUUCUCUAUUUCACGUCUACAUCUAGUAGCGCGCGGAAAGUUCGUUCAGUUCCUGUUGGAUCUCCCACAUCAUCUACCCUUGAAAAUGAAAUAUCAAACGUUUUGCAUGGAAUGAACAUUACAUGUAAUGACACGUGCGUUCAAAUAAAUCAAACUAGUAUCAAUCCGCCUGAUAUCGAGUAUUUAGUUACAUUAAAUGUCUCACUCGAUGUUCCAAAACGUAUUGCACUGGUAAAUGGUCUCUUUAUGAACAAUGUUAGUUUAAAUGACAGUUAUCUUCUGACAGUAAGAAUAAUAAUGAAUCCAAACACUUCAGACUUUUUGAAUUUUACGAGUGUCAUACCAGUUUGUAAGGAAUGCGAAUAUUCUUUCACAGGAAAUUGUACCAGUGAUAAUAGCUCAUGCGUAUGUUAUCCUAAUUAUCAAGGACAAUUCUGUCAAGAUUUUGUUCAACCAACAUCAAGUUAUCUGUCAACUACUACAACAAGCGGCACUUCUACCACAUCAACUUCUUCUACACUUAGCUCGACAAUAACAUCGACUGCGUCUACGAUGGAAGCAGAAACAUCAUCUCAAUUUGUCAGUACGAGUGUACCUUCUAACGAAACUAUUGAAACAACAUUAUUAGCCACUACGGCAACAGCGGAAAUUACGUCAUCGUCAGAAACCAUAGAUGUAACAGAAACUACUGAUUCAACUGUACUCAAUGCUACUACAACGAUAGUAGUAACCACCGAAUACGAUACGUCCACAGCAGCACCAGAAGCAUCUACCGAAAACAUAUCGAUGACAAAUAUCGUCACUACUGAAGCUACGUCAUAUACCGAUACUCUGAGUACGGCUGACUUUAGUGGAACGUCGGGUGAAAUAACAACAGCGACUACUCAUAUAACAAGCACGCCGACCGUGUCUCUGCCUACUACGGUAACGAGCGAGACAGCUACGUUAACAUAUGAUACAGAUUUCACAAGUUCACCGAUUGCCGUGACUGUCGCUCCAACUAUGAACUCUUCUCAAUCUUCGAUAGCAGAAAAUUCAAUUGGUACAACCAUUGAAACAGAAACUACUUCAGUAACGACGGCAGAAAAUAUCACUACGACGGAGUUUUCUACGUUAGAAGUUAGUAACACAGUAGUAACACAUCAAGCCUCAACAUCAGCUACUAGUACAUUGACGGCUUCCGAGACGAUAGCAGCCUCGACAUAUACUACUUCCACACCAAUGGUGUCCUCCAAUCCAACUAGUUUCAGUAACAUAACGAUGGCUACGGAACCUCCUACUCCUCUUAGUACAAUCUCAAUCGCUGAAACACCGAGCUCGACCAGCUCAUCCAUAAUUACUAGUGAACCUUUUAUAUCAGUAGGUAUGUCAACAACAGGCAUUAAUACAAGUUCAAGCAGUUUGAUAGACACAACGACAAUCAGUGGAUCUAUUCAAACUGGAACAUUCGAAACUUCCACACCCGUUAUUGCUUCCAGUUCAACUGCAUCAGCAAGUGAAAUACCAACAUCAGGCACCAAUACAGGUGUAACGAGUGAAGCUUCUACAGCAAGUACUACAAUCACUGAAACAAUAGAAACUGAAACAUCUGAAUCUCUGUCAUUGGGUACCGGUUCAAGCUCGACUGCACUCGUCAGCGAAUUGCCUACAUCAACUGGUACAUUGACUUCAACGGCUUCGAUUACCUCAACCACACUCAGUGCGACCAUCGCUACCGAAACCGCAGCAAUUUCUUCAACAAGUUCAAUAACUACAAUUACAGCUACUGAUACAAUUCGUACCGUGGCAUCUGAGUCUUCCACAUCUGCUACUCUUCCGAGUACUUUGACCAGUACCGCUUCAACUUACUCAGCAAGCGAAAUACCUAUAUCGGGUGCCAGUACAGGCAUUACGGGUUCCAUUACUGCAAUUACUGAGAGUGAAACGGCACCAACCAUCACAAGUGAAUCUUCUACAUCCACUUCCAUCACUGGAACAACUUUAACAGAAACGUUUGGAUCUUCCUCGUUCACCACUGUUCCAAUUUCGAAUACUUCAACUAAUACAGGUUCAACGACAUCCACAGGCGGAAUAUCAUCAGCAAUGACAAACGAGUCUCCUACAUCGGCCACUAUAUCAAACCUGGCUACUCAAAUUGUCACAACUACAGCUAGUGGGACAGGAGCAGAGACAUCUUCCAUACCAUCCACUCUUUCAAGUUCACCCAGUUCAACUGGACCCGCAUUAAGCUCAACAGCGACAGGAACACUUGAAACUUCGACCCCUGCGACUACUUCAAGUUCAAUCACGUCUAUUAACAUAGGGUCCACCAAUGGAAUAUCUGCCUCUACCCCAAGCGCUAUCUCAACCAGCUCCGUUGACGCAACAGUCAGCACUUCUUCUGGGGGAAUAGCUACCGACGAAAUAUCCACAGCUGCCCUCGGAUCAACCACAGCCACAACAAACGAAAUACACGUAUCAAGUCCUCAUACUGAAUCAACAAGUGACAUCAGCACAAACAAUACCACUGGCACUACCACAACCACUACAGAUACAGCGUCAACUACUACGAGCACUUCAACUACCACCGUGAGCACAUCCACCACCAGUACAACAACAACUACUACAGACACAGCGUCGACUACAACUGCUACCACGAGUACUACAACUACAACUGUGAGCACAUCCACUACAAGCACAACGACAACCACCACCGAUACAGGGUCGACUACAACUGCUACCACGAGUACUACAACUACAACUGUGAGCACAUCUACUACAAGCACAACAACAACCACUACAGAUACAGCGUCAACUACUACGAGCAGUUCAACUACAACCGUGAGCACAUCGACCACCAGUACAACAACAACCACUACGGAUACAGCGUCGACUACAACUGCUACCACGAGUACUACAACUACAACUGUGAGCACAUCCACUACAAGCACAACGACAACCACUACAGAUACAGCCUCGACUACAACUGCUACCACGAGCACUACAACUACAACUGUGAGCACAUCCACUACAAGCACAACAACAACCACUACAGAUACAGCCUCGACUACAACUGCUACCACGCGUACUUCAACUACAACCGUGAGCACAUCGACCACCAGUACAACAACAACCACCACAGAUACGGCGUCAACUACCACCACAACAACAAUCACCACAGAUACAGCGUCAACUACCACCACAACUUCAACCAGCAGUACAGUCACAAUUUCAACGACUAGUACAACGACGACUAGUACAGAUACUAGUAGUUCGAUAACGACAAGCACAACCACGACAUCAACUCUAAGCACUAGUACGACUUCGAGUACUACGACAAGCACAACUACAAUCACAACUGCAACGACGACCAGCACUGCGGUUGCUCGAAAUUGUGUUUGGACUAAUUGGGUUGCAAUCGGUAACUGUUCGCCGUCGUGUGGUGUUGCGUAUCAGCAAGUGGUGCGGGCAUGUUUGGAUUCCUUUUCUGGUGAAAGCUGCAGUAGCAGCGACUGCGGUGGAGGUAAUGCAACACAGAACGAGCUAUGCCGUGGUUCGCCGCCGUGUGAAACGCUUACCGCGACACUAACAAGCAGUAUACGCGAUUCAAAUUUAGAAACAUUUUCGUAUAUAUUGCCAAAUACAAUGGAGCCCUUCGGACAAUCUGUCAAUCGGCUUUGGAUCGCAAAUAAAGGCUAUGUCAGUCUGGGUACACCCUAUUAUGGCCAAACAAUGACUCGAUCUACUUUUUCUCAAUUAGCUGGCCAAGCCAUAGCAGCUCCUUUUUGGGCCGAUCUUAGUUAUGAUAGCACAUAUUCAAAAAUAACAGUUAGCUGGUUUAAUUCAAUCAAUGCUAGUCAAAGUGAUGUAAAUGUCUAUUAUCCGAUUAUACAACGAACGAUAAGUGAAGCAUGUCCAACAAAAUCUUGUUCAUUCAAUUUUGCCGCAAGUCGAGCUGUUCGAAUCGAAUGGCAAAAUCUCUUCUAUCAACUACCAGAAAAUAAUAAAUCGAUAAGUUUAUCAUUCUCUGCUUACUUAAUCGAUACAUAUGAAACUUCUACUUCAUCGUAUCCAAUUCUACGAUCUUACCUGUCAUUUGACUAUAGUAAUCUGACAAGUAACCUCGGUUCGCUUCGACCAUUCGUUGGUUAUCGUGGAGGAUCCUCUCUAUCUCAAGUUCUCAACGAUCCAGCAUACAAACAAAAUGCUGCAUUCUUAAAGCAAUCUUCACAUAAGAGUUUCUACAUCGGUGGUCGAUUUCUAACUCAAUGCGAAGUAUCGUAUUUACAAGAAGCAGCUUAUAAUGCUUUAAAUCCUUCAGAAAAUCUCAACGAUAUUAUAAAUAACCCAAGAAUUCCAUGUCCGUGUACGCUUAGUCAAGCACAGAACGAUCGGCGUUUCAAUGCGUUACAAAGUGAAACCAUUUUCGAAUGGUCACAAAGUAUUGUUUGUUAUGGACCAAUGGUUAUCAAUCGAAUUCGUGUCGGAGGAAUUUCGAAAAGUCUCCGAGCUCAGACAUGUUGUUAUAAAAGUAAUACUGGCGUUUUAUUAACGUCUGGUGAUUUUGCUGGUUCAGUAUUAUCUAAGCCGAAUAUUCUCUUUCGAUCAUUUCCCUGGCAACGACGAAGUCAAUUCCAUGAUCAAUGUUGCUCUCCGGUGUUCUUUUAUGGACCAUCAGUCAAUGAUCCUUGCCGUCUUUACUAUCAAAUUCAUCCAACAAGUAGUUGCAGCGGAUAUGAACAACCUGGAUCAUCAUCGGGUGUGGGUGAUCCACAUAUUGAUACGAUUGAUAAUGGGCGUUACACGUGUCACAUUCAAGGUCUUUUUGUGUUGGCACAAACUACGACUACGGCUAAGCAGAUCGCUCAAGUCAAUUUGAAUAAUAUCAACGUAUCUGACAGCAGUCUGAUCUAUCCUGAAGAUUUAUUCUAUGUAUAUGUCAGCUCUACAUCAAUCGCACCAGCAUUGCCCUAUGUUGAACGAAUGCAGGGCUCAGCAUCGAUAUUUUCAAGCUACAUCAUCGGCGCGGCAAAUUAUACAUUUGUUAUCAGUAAUCUCAACGGGAAAUUCGGAUUCACAGCCAGCAAUAGUUUGCAAAAUAUAUCGUUGACAGAUGUUUUGGCAAAUAAUCUAAAUUAUGAUUCAGCGAAUGCCACGAAUGUCGAUGAUAUUUAUAUGUACCGCGUACGACAAAUGGGUGUAUCUGUUUCAAACACAACCGUUCCACAGUUGACGUUCGCUCUCUGGUCAGGUUUAUCAAUUCAAUGUCAAAUAAUGGUCGAAAAUCUUGAAUGCGUCCUUCUACUACCAGACAAAUAUCGCAAUCUUGUCGAAGGUUUAGCGGGUAAUUUCAACGGAAUUUACGGUGAUGAUUUAGUUAAUCGACGAACGAAUCAAACAAUUUCAAUUUUAUCUGCAAACAAUCAAUCAGCUGCAGUCAACGAUGCGGAUAUUUUAAAUGCUUGUCUUUCAUGGAGAGCACCAAAUGACACAACAGCAAACAUCACGAACCCAAUCUUGCCGUCGACGUUAGUCAACUGGUACUAUAAUAAUGCGUCCAGUGUACUUACAACCCUAAAUUCACGUCUAAACCAAAGUCAAGUCAAUCAAACAUGUUCAUCAAAUUUCGAAUGUGUUCAUGACUAUAUCGUUCGCAUAAAUCCAAUUACUAGUGGCGCAACAGCUCUAUUAUUAGAUUCAUACAGAGACUCGAGAGCAAUAUUUGCUGAAACUGUGCCGAUAAUUAACGUCUCAUCUACUGUUCAAAUACCGUUACCUUACAACACACAAAAUCGUAUCUAUUCAUUACCAAUUAGUAUCAGUGGAGCAAGCAGCACAUUAGUUACUACUUCCGAGAACGGUACGGUACAAAACAAUACAUUUCUAGGAUCAUCGAUCGAUAUUUUAAUACCAUCUACUGCGGAUACGUAUGUCGAUGUCUCCUUAACGAUCACAUACGGUGCGAAUUCUACAAUCAUCCAGUACUUGAAUAUCAUCGCUUGUCUGUGUAUAAACACUUCUUACUGUAACUAUGCGCAAACAACGAUCAUAUCUGAAAAUUAUGCCAUUGCAUCGUGUGAUUGUCCUGAUCAAUACGAUGGAAUCUUCUGUCAACUUUCAUACGAUGGCUGCAAUUCCACUAGCGCCUGUCGAAUCAAUUGGAAUAAUGGUACACAAUGCAUUCCGUUGAGUCCGGCUCAACAGGUAGCACAAAACCUUUCGUAUGUUUGUAACGGAACAUGCUCAACAGGAUAUACAGUAAGAAAUCAAUAUACAUGUGAAGAUGAAAAUGAAUGUCAAACGAAUUCCUCUCGAUGUGGAAAUGGCACAUGUGUGAAUCUUAUUGGUUCAUUUACAUGUGAUUGUCUGAGUGGCUACCGAUUUGAAAGUGGAACGUGUGUUGCUAUUAACAGUUGUAUUGAGCCAUAUACGAAUGGUACCUAUUCAUCUCCAUGUAAUGAAUCUCAAGAAUGCGUAUAUUCAAAUGGCAAUUAUUCAUGUUCAUGCAGUCUUGUUUUUAAUACUACGGGAACCUGCGUUUAUAAUGCAAGUCUUUGCGUGAAUGAUACAUGUACUAGCAAUGUUAAUAAUAAUACUAUAUCAUGUUUACAUGGUACCGUCAAAGAAAAUAACACGUGUAUUCCUUGGUGUCAAUCGACCUGUCCAGGCUUUUGUGAACUUGUCAAUGGAUUUUAUCAAUGUAACUGUAUGAAACAACCUGGAUUGCAGUAUUCUACUGAUGGCAAACAAUGCAUACCAUGCGAAAGUCUAAAUUAUGGUUAUGGUUGUAAUGAAACAUGUCUAUGCAAUUUUGGUACCUGUAACGCAAAUGCGACGAGCGCUAAUGAAAGCUGUACUUGUGAUCUGGGAUACGAACCACCAUUUUGUUCUAAGCAGAUAGAUCAAUGUGCUAACAACACAUUCAAUGCAACUAAGACGGAUUGCCUGACGGAUCCUAGUACAGGACGAGCUAUUCUUAUAUGCGCAUUGGGUUAUCAAUUGAAUUCGACAAGCAAUUAUUGUACUGAUAUUAAUGAAUGUUCCAGUGAUCUAAAUCAGUGUAAUGUUGACGUCUCAGUAUGUGUGAAUACGAUUGGAAGUUAUCAGUGUAAUUGCUUAAAUGGAUAUCAGUUGAUCAAUAACUCCUGUGUUGAUAUAAAUGAAUGUGUUACUACUGCCAAUAAUUGCUCGUCAUAUAGUAACACCUACUGUGCAAAUAUUCAAGGCUCGUUUGAAUGUCGAUGUAAUUACAAUUAUUCAUUAGGAGGCGAUUAUACACAACAAUAUGGAAAUGCAAUUAGUUCGAAUAGUUCCUGUUUACCUACAGAUUAUUCUGCGUAUUGUAAAAAUCAAUGUCAAGCACCGGCAAUCUGUAGUGCGACAACGGGCCGAUGCGAAUGUCCAUCGUCGAGCUAUAAACUCGUUGAUUCUGCCUUAGAUGAAACUCAGCAGACCUGCCAAUGCCCAAAUCAUCCAUUUACUUAUUACAAUGGAUCUGAUUGCGUCAAUGCUACUGGUCAAACUUGGCUUUUACUCUUCUUUAAAUUGAAAGCAAGCAGUCGUGUGAUAUCUAUCGACACACCAGCUUCAUCUUCGAUAGAAACGAACAUUUCAUAUAUCUUAUCAGGCAUGAAUAUAACAUGCAACGGAUCAUGCAUAAACUUGUAUGAUACACAGGAUGCUUCGCCUCCUAAUCUUGAACUCAUGGUAACAUUGAAUGUUCUUCUCAACGUUACUCAACGCAUAAAUUUGGUCAACGCUUUAUUCAAUGACAGCAUUGUUUACAAUGACAGUUAUUCUCUAUCGCUGGUACAAAUAAUCAUGAACCCGGCAACGAAUACUCUGGUUAAUGUUACGGCGCCAGAACCGGCUUGUCGCGAAUGUGUUUAUACGGGUGUAGGUGUCUGCUGGGACAAUCAGACAAAUUGCACGUGCUUUUCUGGUUAUGAAGGAUACCUUUGUCGAGUCACUACUGUAACACCUACUCUUGGGUCGUCAUCUUCAGGGACCAAUUGGACUGUGAUUGUUGCUGUUGUCAGUGCGAUUGCCGGUCUUUUACUCAUCAUUGCUCUAGCUAUGUGCGUAUUUUACUUUAUAAAAAACCGUCAACCAUCUGAUCGUGACGUGAAAGUGCCCGUACAACGUCCACAAUUUGUUAUUCCACGUGCUCAUAUUCCGACCAUGGGCACUGGUAGUCGAGCUUUAAAUACUUGGGAUGCUUUCAGUCUGGACAAUACCUACGAUGAACAAUAUGUCGAUGCAUCUGAUUCAUUUCCAUCGAGUUCAUCGACAACAUACAAUACAACUUAUCGCGCCAAUGGCCAACGUCCCGAAGCUGAUUUUGGUAUAUUCGAUGAACUAGAAAACCGCAUACCAAUGUCGAAAGGUCAUAUUCCGCGACCACAAAUGGUCAAUAUUCUUGGCACGUUGAACAGUUUGCCAAGCAACGAAAGAUUCGAUGAACCAUCAGGAGCUGAAAGUACAUUUUCGGAUUCUCGCGAACUUGAAGAUAUUGAAUUAGUAACUGAUAUGUUAGAAGAUAUGACUAAAGAUGAUGACAUGGAAGAUGAAUUUGUUGAAGCAUUGAAUCCAAAUCUAGCUAUACCAAGAUUGGCACUUCAGCCAGAAAACCACUCAUCUGGAUGGUUUCCCUUCUUUCGAAAUUCGUAG